UGUACCAAAGGCAACACUUCGUCUGAGGUAACCACCCACGAUGAACACCCUCGUAGCUUUGGCUUGUCUCCUGGCCGUCGCCCAUGGCAGCGCCAUUGGCGGAUAUGGUCUUGGAUAUGGAUAUGGCGCUCCAAUCAUCGCUCCUGCAGCGAUAUCCACCGCAAAUGUCGUGAAGGCUGCUCCCAUCCCCGUCAUCAGGACCGCCGCCGUCGCUCCCAUCGUCACCGCUCCCGUCCUCCGCACCGUCAGCGUUGCAGCUCCCGUCAGCUACGGUUACGGAGGCUGGGGAGGUUGGGGCGGCUACGGACUCGGAGGCUGGGGCGGUUACGGACUCGGAGGCUGGGGCGGCUACGGACUCGGAGGCUGGGGCGGUCACGGCGGAUGGGGUGGUUGGGGCGCCGGUUACGGCAAACACUACGGCUAAACCUGACGUCUUAACUAGACGAAGUUGUAGUCUCUCUCCCAAAAUUACCUCUUCUAGAAUUGGCCUUGCACAUUAAUAAAGCAUCCACUACUUAA